AUGCUCGAAGACUUUGGCUUGGGCACUUGGCAUUGGGCCAUCGCUUUUGCCUUGAUAUUGGGUGUAUUCGUUCUCUAUGAGCCAAAUGGCGAUCUCAUCGACGUGCCUACUGUCAAGUACAGUCGCUACCUGCCUGCUUUCUUCAAUCGUGUGAUUUUUUACUCCGUUGGUUCGCAGCUCAUUGACGAAGGUUAUGAAAAGUACAAAGACACCCCGUUUCGCAUCCUCAAAGCCGACGGUGAUUUGAUCGUGUUGCCGGCCAAGUAUAUCGAUGAGCUGCGUAAUGUUGGGCCAUCUGAGCUGAGCUCCUUGGAUGCUCAGUAUAACAAUGUGCUCGGGAAGUAUACAAAUGUGUUGGUUGAAAGUCGUUUGCCUUCUUUCACUGUUACGAAGCGGUUAAAUCCUGCGAUUGGUCGGUUGGUUCCUAAACUCAUUGAUGAGCUUCAGUAUGCCUUUGACAUUGAAGUCCCCAAGUGUGAUGAGUGGACUCCCAUCAAUGCAUACAACAUGCUACUAGGCAUCCUCACCCGCGCCACCUCCAGAAUCAUAUGCGGCGACUCCAUCUGUCGAAACGAGAAAUGGCUAGAAACCGUCACCAACUACACCAUCAACGUCGGCAUCACAGUCGUUCUCCUCCGCCCAUUCCCCAAGCUCCUCCGUCCCCUAGUCGCCAAGUUCCUUCCCAGCGUACGCAAGCUCAAUGAGCAGGUCAAAUUCGUCAAGCAGGAGCUGUUCAUUCCCAUGAUCAAUGCGCGUCGCCAUGAGGAAAAGCAUAACCCGAAUUAUCAGAAGCCGGAUGACUUUCUGCAGUGGAUGAUGGAUGCGGCUGAUAACCCUCGUGAUGCGGAUGCGGAUUUCAUGGCGCAUAAUCUCUUCAUUAUCAUGAGUUUGGCGGUUGUGCAUACAAGCUCGAUGCUAAUGACGCAUAUGCUUUACGAUUUGAUAGAGAUGCCGGAAUAUCUGGAGCCAUUACGAGAGGAGAUCCAGGCUACGCUUGCGAAUGGUUGGACCAACGCGAAACAGUCGUCAUUCAUCUCCCAGCAUCGCAUGGAUAGCUUCAUGAAGGAAGUGCAGCGGUUCAACCCUACCGGCGAAGUCUCCAUGCAUCGCAUCGUCCGCUGUCCCGUAGUUCUCACCGGUGGCCUAGUCCUUCCCCGCGGCGCCCACAUUUGCUUCGCAGCGGGCCCCCUCUCGCGCGACCCCAACAUCAUCUCCGAGCCAACCCCCUUCUCCGGCCUCCGCUGGUCCACGACGCCCGAGAUCAAAACGAACAGUUUCGUCAGUAUCGGCCCGCACAAUAUGCAUUUCGGAUUCGGACGCCAGGCAUGCCCUGGUCGGUUCUUCGCGUCGGUUACGAUCAAGGCGAUUAUGAGCCGGAUUAUUGCGGAGUAUGAGUUUAAGUAUGAGGGGGAGAGGAACGAGAGGCCGGCGAAUGUGAGGAUUGGAGAGCAGAUUAUGCCUAAUAUGGAGACAAGGAUUGUUAUGAGGAGGAGGGAGGGGGUUGUUGCUUGA